AUGGAUCUGAACCCUCCUGCAGGGGAGAAUUAUGCUCAUCCAAAUAUAUGUUUCUUCCACGUAGUAUUCAAGGCUGCAGCUUUGGCAUUUUACAUACUUUCAGCUCUAUUUUUUGAUAGCUUUGUCAUUAUUUUUGUCGUUACUGUGCUUCUAGCUGCUCUUGAUUUUUGGGUAGUCAAGAAUGUGAGUGGACGCAUCUUGGUCGGUUUAAGAUGGUGGAAUGAAAUAAAUGAAGAGGGUGAGAGCGUGUGGAAAUUUGAAUGCCUUGAUCAAGAGUCGUUGGCUCGGAUUAAUAAGAAGGAUUCAUGGCUGUUCUGGUGGACCUUAUACCUUGCUGCUGUUUUGUGGCUCUUUCUUGGGAUAUUUUCCCUCGUAAGGUUUCAAGCUGAUUAUCUUCUUGUUGUUGGAGUAUGUUUGACCCUCAGCAUUGCAAAUAUUGUUGGCUUUACUAAAUGCCGCAAAGAUGCUAAGAAGCAGCUUCAAGCAUUUGCCACCCAGACCCUUGCUUCUGGGUUCUCUUCUACCAUACAAUCAGCAUUUACUGUCGUUUGA